GCCUCAUCAUUACUACCCUCUCUCUCUCUCUCUCUCUCUCUCUCUCUCAAAACCUUUCUUCCUGCGAAAUCAACCCAAAACUCCAUCUAAUGGCCACUCUUCUGCAACUCCUGAUCACUCUCGCCUUCCUCCUCCUCUCAACCACCGCUUCCACCACCGCCUCAACCCUCCCUCCAUCACCAUCAUCCUACCAAAGCCGAACUCAACCCCUCCUCCUCUUCGGCCCCGUCCUCUCCUCCCUCGGCUUCCGAAACUUCGCCGCCGCCGCUCCCUCCCUCUCCAACUCCACCGCCUGGCGCGGCCCUGUCACCUUCUUCGCACCCUCCGACUCCUCCCUCCUCACCUGCGGCCCUUCCUGCUCCCUCCCCCUCCUCCUCCAAGAACACACAGUCCCGGGCCUCUUCUCCCUCCGCUACCUCCGCACCCUCCCCUUCGCCACCAAGAUCGAAACCCUAGCCCCCGACCGCUGCCUCACCGUCACCUCCUCCGCUCCUAACGCCUCCAAGGUCUUCGUCGGCGGCGUCGAGAUCACCCACCCGGACCUCUUCGACGACGGCCUCGUAGUCGUCCACGGCCUACAGGGCUUCGUCUCUCACCUCUCCCCGUUCUCCUGCAACAUCGAACGAACGACGUCCCUCUCCUUCCCCCCACCUCCCCCUCCCCAGGACGCGUCCUUCGUCAUGCGCCUGAUGCUAAAAGACGCCAUGCUCCGUCUACGGUUAAGCGGUUACAGCAUCGUGGCCGUUGCUCUGAGAGUAAAAUAUCCCUAUCUGGUGGACCUCAAGGCGGUUACCGUGUUCGCCUUAAACGACGCCGCGAUAUUUUCCGACGUCGGACACGAGUACGUUACCAGUUUUCGCUUCCACAUCGUUCCGAACAGGUUGCUGAUGGCGAGCGAUCUGGAGCGGUUGCCGGCCGGGACGGUGUUUCCAACGCUGAAUCUAGGGCAGGAACUGGUGGUUACUACCGGCGGCGGCGGCGGCGGCGGAGGUCCGUUUGGGGGGCCGGUGAGGAUCAACUACGUGAGGAUUGAGAGACCAGAUCUGAUAUUCAACCUGAAGAUGGUGGUUCAUGGACUGUCGAUGCCGUUUCCGCAUGUGAAUGUGACGGCCGUGAUCGGGUCGGGGUACGACGCUGCUGGUUGUGGAGUGGCCGGAAGUGCUGACGUCGGCUAUUCGGUGGCCCCACAGUCCAGGAUUGAACGGACGGACGAGAUUGAAGAUCACCAUGGUCUUUGAGAUGGAUGUGAUUGUUGUUACUCUUUAACUGCUAGUACUGCCUACGCAUUCACUGUCUCGCUCGUGCUUCUUGUGUUGUACGUUGUGGUACAACCCCAUGUUAUCCCUCGUUCCCACUAGUUUUACUGAAUAAAAACUUUGCUCAUUUCCGUAGUAA